UCACCCAAACCAAACAUAAUAUCUCUCUUUCUCACUACCCCAACGGAACCCUACCCCCUCCGCCACCUACCGCCGCCUAUCUUCUCUCUCCGGGAUCCUCACUCACCACUCUCUCUCUCUCUCUCUCUCUCUCUCUCUCUAUGAUACAUGCAGAAUAAAGAGGAACUUCUGCAUCACUAACAAGUGGACUACAGGCUCUCACUUCGUCUUCCCAAGAACCCGGUAAGGUUAUUCCACUCUGUCCCAGUUAGGGCUGCUGUGUGUCGUUGAAAAAUAUAGAGAUGGGAACCAAUGAUUUUCAGAAGAAGAAGAAGAGGAAAAAUAACAAGCUUAUUGAGCUUUCCCAAGAAGAUAGAAAAUUAAAUGAAAAGGAUGUCGAACCUAAAGCGAACCGACAUUUGGAGAAGAGAAAAAGGAAGAAGGAACAUAAUGUGGGUGUUGGCAAAUAUGUUCAAGUUCCUUUUGAUGACGAUAUUUCAAUAAGAAAAGAGAAAAAGAAGAAAGGGGAGAAAUCACCAAGGAAGGGAAAAUUGAAGAAUACAGAGAACAACAAUGCUUUGAUUGAAAAAACAGACCAAAUUGAUUCUGAGACUGCUGAUGGUUCAAACGAACAACACGGUAUUUCUUCUCUAGUAGGUAGAUCAAAGAAAUCUUUGAAGAAGAAAAAAUAUCAAAAUUCUUCGAAGGAAGAUGACUCCGCAGAAGAUCAAAUAGAAGAUACUCAGAAUGAGGUUUUCCAUGCCCCUUCAACAGAUGAACCCAUUUUGAUAAGGAAGAAAGGCAAGUCAAAGGAAGCAAAGAAAAACAAAAAGAAACUGAAGAAGGAUCAUGAUUCAUUAAAAGAGUUGAAGUCACUAGAAAAGGAAGAAGUGAUUAAUGAAGAUGAUGUUUAUCUUAUCUCUUCGGGGGAUGAAGACUGUUCCAAAGGAAUGAAAAAAUGGAUUACAAGGUAUCACGAAAGUCGACCAGGGUUGACCAUACUUCAAGAGAGAAUAGAUGAGUUCAUAACUGUUCACGAAGCAAAAUUAGAAGAGGAAAGAAAAGCAAGAGAAGCUCGUGUUGCCGAAGGGGGAUGGACAGUUGUUACCCAUCAUAAAGGAAGAAAAAAGACAACCGAUGCUGAAAGUGGAAUCACUGUCGGUUCUGUUGCCCAAGCUGUUGCAGAUAACAAGUUGGCCAAGAAGAAAACCAAUGAAGUUGGUCUUGACUUCUACCGCUUCCAAAGAAAAGAAUCCCAGAGGAAUGAGAUUAUGUUGCUCCAAAGCAAAUUUGAGCAGGACAAAAAGAAAAUACAGCAGCUCAGAGCAGCGAGGAAGUUCCGGCCUUACUGAGUUCUUUCCUCGUGUGGAGAGACUCGUCAAGAAUUCAUUGAUUUUUGUGGUCUUAAGUCUAAACCAGAAUUUUGACAUGUUGUAAGAACUCUGGCCUGUAGCAUAACAUUUUUUUUGGAUGCAAAUUGUGUUUUUCUAGUUAAAAUCUUCUUAUUUAUAUAAAAUAUGACAAUUUUCAUAC